AUGUCGGCCCCGGACACCUUUGGUUUGCAGUUAGCCAAGUACACUAACGUCGCUGCAUCAGCCAUCCUAAUUUACGACUACUUUGUCACUUUACACUUUGAGGUCCAAUGGACCUGGGGACAGAAAUGGGGAAUCAUUCGCACCGCCUUCACGAUUUCACGAUAUGUACCUUUUGCUGGUGCGCUUAUGACCUCGUACUCCGCUGUUAAGAUAUGGGGCACGCAAGAUUGUAUACCUUUUAACGAUGCUGUAAACGGCCUACAUUUCUUGGGCAUCAUUGCCUCGGAAGUUUUGUUGAUUGCCAGGGUCUACGCCUUCUCUGGCAACAAAAGGCCUUAUCUUAUCAUUCUUGUCUCCUUUAGUUUGGCCAUCUUAGUGACGUCUGUGAUUCUAAGUGCUGCUCCCAUCAAUUUGAAUAUCCCGGGCCCAGGCGAGGUCUCAAGGCACACUCCUUAG